AGACCUCGGGCAAGGACCCGAAGGGGAUGCUCGUGGUCCCCACCAGGGAGCACUGGGCCCGCAGGCUGCCCUGGGCCGCCGUGGUGACAGCCGUGGGCCGCUUCAAGAUGUCGCUCCCCGCACUGCACCGCAACCGGCUGCUGGCCACGCUCGACCCCCUGGCCUUGGACAAGGGCACUCAGCCGUCUGAGCAAACCACGGCCUUGCCAGAGGUGCUCUGGGGCGACCAGGAGCCCCUCUCCAAGAUCCCAUUUAAAAUUCUGAAGGGACAUGAGCAUGUUGUGAGUUCCUGCCACUUCUGUGUGAAUGACACAAAGCUCCUCAGUGGCUCCUAUGACUGUACUGUGAAGCUAUGGGAUGCUGAGAAUGGAUCUGUGAUUCGGGAUUUUGAGCAAAGGCCCAAAGCUCCUGUGUUGGAAUGCAGCGUGACAGGUGACAGCAGAAGAAUUGUUGCAGCAUCCUACGACAAAACAGUGAGGGCGUGGGACCUUGAAACAGGCCAGCUGCUGUGGAAGAUCAGGCAUGACACCUUCGUAUCCUCCUGUAAGUUUUCUCCUGAUGGGAAAUACGUGGUCUCGGGCUUGGAUAUUGAUCGUGGAAUCUGCAUAAUGGACGCAGAAAACAUCGCCACCGUAGCAUACAUUGAAGACCAUCACAGAAGGUCGAUCACCGCAUGCUGCUUUGACCCCGACAGCCAGAGGGUGGCUUCCGUCUCGCUGGACAGGUGCAUCAAGAUCUGGGAUGUCACCUCCCGGACCACGCUGCUCACCAUCUCCAGGGCCCAUGAGAGCGCCAUCUCAAACUGCUGUUUUACCUUCAGCGGCCAUUUCCUGUGUACAACCUCCUGGGAUAAAACCUUAAAAAUAUGGAAUGUCUACACAGGAGAGUUUCGGAACCGUGGCGCCUGCGUGACUCUCAUGCAGGGCCACAAAGGCUGUGUGAGCUCCUGCUGCUUUGCCAGAGACAGCUCUUUUCUCAUUUCUGGAGGCUUUGACAAGACUGUGGCUAUCUGGGAUGUGGCAGAAGGCUAUCGGAAGCUGUCCUUGAAGGGCCAUAAUGACUGGGUAAUGGAUGUUGCUAUUAGUAACAACAAGAAAUGGAUUCUCUCUGCUUCAAAGGAUAGGACCAUGAGACUAUGGAAUAUUGAAGAAAUUGACCAAAUUCCUUUGGUCAUCAAGGGCAGAAGGGCCAUGGGCUCAAAGAUAAAGCAGUGCGAAGGAUGUGACAGGCCUCUCUCCGCCUUCCAAAGUGACAGCUCCUCUGAAGUAUUCACCAGAUGUGUGCUCUGCCGGAGAGAGGCACAGGACUCACCACUGGAGACUUCACUGUCAUCGGAGAGGGAGGCCAAGGAGGACUGACGGCCAGCAGGCCC